CUUAAUUGCUGAAAUACACCUGAUUUUGACCAACUUUCUCGAGUGCAAUGGCUCUACUGUUGAGUGUCGACGUUCUUCUCAAAGUUCUUUGUUUACUGACAUUUUUGGUGAUUAUUUUAUUUGUCUGUGCCGUCAUUUACAUUUACCACAAGCAUUCUCAAUAUCGUCACAUCCCAGGGCCGAAGAGAGACAGUUUCUUUCUGGGAAACGUUCCUACUCUGAAUGAGGAAAUAAAUGUGCGCCAACGAUGCAUUCAAGAUGUUUGGUUUGACUGGCAUUUAGAAUUUGGAGCAGUUUUCGUGUUUUGGGUAUAUUUUACUCCAGUCGCCAUGUUUUUAGACCCCGAGGAUGUCAAGAAAGUUCUGAUAACUUUAAACUUGCCUAAAGCGGGUCGUGUUUACAACAGGCUCGCUUAUGUMUAUGGACAGCGUAUGGCAGGGAAUGGGAUUUUAACCGAGUUAAACCACGAAAUCUGGAAGAAGAAGAGAAAAAGACUUGAUAAAGCCUUUCACAGAUCUUAUCUGAUGAAUUUAAUGGAGUCGUUCAAUAAAAUUUGUGAUAUCUUUUUGGAUAAGAUUGGAAAGAUGGCAGAUGGCAAAACUGAAGUUGAGAUGUCGGGUGAAUUUGGAAGAGUUACGUUAGAUGUUAUUGGAAAGGUUGGAUUUGGAAUAGACACUAAAGCAGUUGAAAGUGCAACAAGUCCAUUCCCAGUUGCUGUCACAGGUGUUCUAGAAGGAGUUGAAAGCUCAUUCCGAAACCCAUUUUGGAUGUUUAAAUUCUGGAACUGGCCCUAUCAAAAUGAAGUUAUAAAAACAGUUCAAUAUUUACGGCAGUUUGCUUUUAGCGUAAUUGAUAAAAGAAUCGCUGAAGGAAAUGGUGACCGCAAAGAUAUCUUGGCUCAUCUUGUUUCACUCAAAGAAUCUAGUGAAAAUGAAGAUUACCAGAUGGAGAACAUGGUGGAUGACUUUGGGACUUUCUUCUUGGCAGGACAAGAAACCACUUCCAAUCAGCUAGCAUUUACUUUGUUUGAAGUUCUGGAACAUCCAGACAUCAAAAACAGAAUCGUUGAAGAGAUACAAGACGUUUUGGGAGAAAAGCAGUUUGUUGCAUAUGAUGAUCUCGGAAAGCUGGAAUAUCUUGGAAUGACGUUGAAGGAAAGUCUACGAAUGCAUCCCCCAAUAGGUGGCACACAGCGCAUUCUUUAUCAUCAAGAGAUGAUUGGGGGUUAUAAUGUACCAGCAAAUACUCCAGUAAAUGUAUCAUACCACAUUACACAAAACAGCCCUCAUUACUGGAAAGACCCUGAAGUAUUUGACCCCACUAGAUUUGAAUUGAAGAAUAAAAUAGGGCGUUCAAGUACCCAAUACACACCUUUUUCCUCUGGGCCACGCACCUGCAUUGGGAAGACGUUGGCAGAAUUUGAAGCAAGAGUGAUAAUGGCAAGAUUGUUCCAGGAAUUUGAAUUGGAACUUGUUCCUGGUCAGAAGUUGGCCAUCACUCAGAAAACAACAAUUAGACCCAAGAAUGGUGUGAAGUGUUUUAUAAGAAGAAGAAAAUAGAUUGGUUUUGUCUGAUAGAAUUAAAUUUUUGGAAUUAAAAGUAAUUAUUAUUGAUCAUUACA